CGGCAUCCCUGGUUGCUCUGGGCCUGAGUGUUCCGUCAGCCGCUGUGCCCACAGAGCCAGGGCGGAUGGGCACGCCAGUGGCGCGGCAGCCGCUGCGCUUGGCCUCGCCAGCCCCCGCUUUGUGGCUGUUUUUGCUUCAUCGUCCCGCUCCAUCGUCGUUGUCAUCUUCCGAUCUGCAGCGCUGCCUCCCUUCCCCUCUCUCUGCACUCCCGAGUCACAGAUAUGGGCCCGAUCAGACCCUACGCCUCCUUCUCCAACAACGAUUUCCGGGAGCAGACUGCCGAGGAGCGCUACGGCAUCCCGGAAAACUACCUUGAGAUUGAAGUUCGAAACCCGCAGUUCCAGGGCUCGGGUCGCAACAAAUACGUCGAUUACGAGAUCGUUUGCAGCACCAACAUCCCGGCUUUCAAGCUGAAGAGCUCGGUCGUGCGUCGCAGAUACAGCGACUUUGAGUGGUUCCGAGAUGCUCUGGAACGCGAAAGCACCAGGGUCAACAUCCCAAGCCUGCCGGGCAAGGUGUUCUCAAACCGAUUCAGCGACGAACUCAUCGAGCUCCGUCGGUCCAGUCUCGAACGAUUCCUGCAAAUUGUUGCUGGCCAUCCUCUGCUUCAGACUGGAUCCAAGGUUCUUGUGCCUUUUAUUCAAGACCCAAACUUCUCGCGUGACCACUAUUAGUUGCGAUCUUCUCCACGACCCAACGCCUCCUCUGAGGAUUUGGCAGUAGCGCGACUCCCGCCGCCUGAACACAUCACGUCUAUCGACCUGCGGACACCAACACCAUUCUCCUGAACCAACAGGAUCUUGGGCCACGCCGAGUUUACCUGUGCCUUCACCUCCUGCGUCCUGCCUCUCACACCUCUUGGAGGCAGACGCCCUUUGUGCUUUCGCUUUAUUACUUUUCUGAUUUUCUCCUUUCCUCCAUUCCCUCCUCUUUUCUUCAAGGGAAGAGAGCAUCCACGAAACGCAUCAUUUUUGCUGCCAGAAUAAAACCUAAGGAUAAAAAGCA